AUGACUCAAUUCAUGAACCCUGCUGUGGGAACUUUUACAGCAUGGGACUAUGUUGUUUUUGCAUCACUGUUUGUAAUUUCCUCUGGGAUAGGAGUCUUUUUUGCCAUUAAAGAAAGGAAGAAUGCUACCUCCCGUGAAUUUCUGGUUGGAGGGAGGCAGAUGGUCUGUGCUCCAGUUGCCUUGUCUCUCACUGCCAGUUUCAUGUCUGCAGUGACUGUGUUAGGAGGUCCCUCAGAGGUUUAUAGGUAUGGGGCUUCUUUCAUCCUCUUCUGCGUUGCCUUCAUGUUUGUUGUCAUCUUCACGGCAGAGCUCUUUGUACCCGUUUUCUACAGAUCAGGAAUUGCCAGUACAUACGAGUAUUUGGAAUUGAGAUUCAAUAGGGUGGUUCGUAUUGCUGCUACCAUUAUAUACAUCCUGCAAACUAUUCUUUAUACGGGUGUUGUGGUAUACGCACCAGCUCUGGCACUGAAUCAAGUGACUGGUUUUAAUCUAUGGGGCUCAGUGUUUGCAACAGGAAUUGUUUGCACCUUCUACUGCACCCUGGGUGGCUUGAAGGCAGUGGUGUGGACAGAUGUCUUCCAGAUGGUUGUGAUGGUGUUGGGAUUUUUAACAGUUCUUGUCCAAGGAACCAUCAAGUUAGGAGGAAGCAGCAACAUGUGGAAGAUAGCCAGGGAUGGCCAAAGGCUCAGUGUUUUUGAUUUCACAGUAGAUCCUUUGAGGCGUCACACUUUCUGGACACUGGCAGUCGGGGGUACGUUUACCUGGUUAGGAAUCUACGGAGUGAACCAAUCCACCAUCCAAAGGUGCAUUUCAUGCAGAUCGGAAAAACAUGCUAAAAUGGCACUGUACCUGAAUUUACUUGGACUUUGGGUCAUCAUUGUCUGUGCGGUGUUCUCUGGACUGGUGAUGUAUAGCUACUAUGUCAACUGUGAUCCAUGGACUGCCGGAUUCAUUUCAGCUUCAGACCAGCUGAUGCCUUAUUUUGUUAUGGAAAUAUUGGGACACUUACCAGGACUUCCUGGGCUUUUUGUAGCCUGUGCAUUUAGUGGCACACUUAGCACAGUAGCUGCCAGUAUUAACGCACUGGCAACUGUAACAUACGAAGAUUUUGUGAAACAGUGCUUCCUCAAUGUGUCAGAAAAGACAAGUACCUGGAUCAGUAAGGGCUUGUGCAUAGUGUACGGUGUAGUUUGCACUUCAAUGGCAGUUGCAGCAUCACUAAUGGGGGGCAUCAUUCAGGCAGCACUCAGUAUUCAUGGGAUGUGUGGGGGACCAAUGCUUGGGUUAUUUACCUUGGGCAUUUUAUUUCCUUGUGCAAACUGGAUUGGUGCGAUUGGAGGCUUGGCUGCUGGAGUAACCUUAUCAUUCUGGCCUGCAAUUGGUGGCUUUAUGUAUCCUGCACCAUCAUCAAAGACACUACCUUUAUAUUUAAGUACCAAUGGUUGCUUGCCACUGAACAUGUCAGAACUUUUUCCAACUUCAUUGCCAAUUAUAAUCCCUAAAGAGAUGCCUCCACUGGCAGACAGCUGGUAUUCUGUAUCCUACCUCUACUAUAGUCCUUUGGGGUUCCUCGGGUCAUUGAUAACUGGUCUUCUGCUAAGCUUUCUAUCAGGACAAACACACAAGGAAAAUGUGAAGCCUUUGUUAGUCAGACCAGUAUGCAAUCUGUCAAAACAGUUCAAAAAGGAGUGUUGUUUUGGACAAGAAAGAGACAAGGAAACCCUCGAGGUCCGAUUCAGAGUUAAAUAUCCAUAUCAGUAG